AUGGCUGGCAUUGGGAACUGGCUGCUUCCUUGGAUGUGGGACAUGGGCUCCGAGAGCUGGGAGGUGGUGGAGGAGCCUCGUGCACGGGGCAGCCCAGGGCAGGAGCUGCAGAGGCACGAGGGGUACCUGCUCAAGAAGAGGAAAUGGCCCCUGAAGGGCUGGCACAAGCGGUACUUUGUGCUGGAAAACGGGAUCCUGAAAUACUCCACCACCCGCCAGGACGUCCUCAAGGGCAAACUGCACGGUGCCAUCGACGUCCGUCAGUCCGUCAUGUCCGUCAACAAGAAGGCGCAGAGGGUCGACCUGGACACGGAGGAGAACAUUUACCACCUCAAGAUCAAGUCCCCGGAGCUCUUCUCCAGCUGGGUGAGCAGCCUCUGCACCCACCACCACGGGGAGAAGCCCUGUCCCACGGGGGGCCCCGGGGGGAGGACCCCCACCAACGCCCAGGGCCAGUGGACGAGGAUCCUGCCCUCGGGCAGUGCCCCUGCCCUGUCCACGCUCGCCAGCUCCCGGGACAAGGUGAACGCCUGGCUGAAGGACAGCGAGGGGCUGGAGCGCUGCUCGGCCGAGCUGUCGGAGUGCCAGGCCAAGCUGCAGGAGCUGACGGGAAUGCUCCAGAACCUGGAGGCCCUGCACCGCAUCCCCUCGGCCCCGCUCAUCUCCGGCGGCCAGCCCUCGGCCGCCGCGGAGAGGCCGAAGAAGGGCCGGAGGACCACCAAGAUCUGGUGCACCCAGAGCUUUGCCAAGGAC